GUGAUCAAAGAUCCGACCUCCACCCAAGUUUCAAAACCCACCCAAUGAAAACACAAUCCUCCAGCUCACUUCAGCAAUGAAGUAGAAGGUAAUUCAUACUUAAACGGUGGAGAGAAAUUAGGGUUUAAGGGAAGUUGCAAAUUUGAAGUAAUUGAGGAAGUGGACACCCAUGAUAUAACGCUCUUUAGUUCCAUGAACUUGCGGUUACACGAACUCUGAAAGCCGCAAAAAAAUCUCAACUCAGCAAAUACCCGAGCCUAUCAUUUCUAAAGUCUUUAUCUUCAAUAUCCGGGAAGCAGAAACCUGAAGAGAAUCAUAAGAGAGAAGUUGCAGAAGGAGAAGCAAAGACCCACAAGAUUAAUCUGUUGUUGGUGCAUGAAAACAGAGAAACAUUGACUAUGGAUCUCGAUGACUAUACCAUUAUCAAGGAGGGAAAGGCUGAGAUUCUUAUGCAUAACAAAAACAAAGUGUUUUUCAACAAAGCCCAGGUUCACAACAGAGACUUAUCCAUUGCUGUCCUAAGGACAUUUAUAUCUAAACGCAAAGAGGAACAUGAAGCAAGGUUGUCCAGAAGAACAAAAUCUGUACAAAAGGUAUCUGAUAAAGAUGCUUCUGGAUCUGCUGUUGAAGAAGUAUCUGAUAAGCCUGCUGUGGAUAGUGAAAAAUCAAAUGGAGAAUGUGAAGAAAAGAUAUCUCACAAAGAUGCUGUAGGAUCUGCUGCAGAAGAGGUAUCUAACGAGCCUGCUGUGGAUAAUGAAAUAUUUAAUGGAGAAUGUGAAGCGUCAGAAGAGAUAACAGAGGAUGAACCUUGUAAUAUAUCAGAAGAACCAAUGAAGACCACAGAGCGUAAAGUUCGAGGGGAGCUGGAGCCUCCAAGAGUUCUUGAGGCACUGUCAGCUUCUGGGUUAAGAGCUCUAAGAUAUGCUCGUGAGGUUGAAGGGAUUGGUAAAGUUGUGGCCUUGGACAAUGACAAAGCAUCAGUUGAAGCUUGCAGGAGAAACAUAAAGUUCAAUGGUUCAGUGGCAAUUUCAAAGGUGGAAUCACAUCUUGCUGAUGCUCGUGUGUAUAUGCUUACCCACCCAAAAGAAUUUGAUAUGGUUGAUCUUGAUCCCUAUGGAUCACCUUCGAUAUUUUUGGACUCUGCAAUUCAAUCUGUUGUUGAUGGCGGCUUGUUGAUGUGUACAGCAACCGACAUGGCAGUGCUUUGUGGAGGUAAUGGUGAGGUUUGCUAUUCCAAGUAUGGCUCUUAUCCAUUGAGAGGGAAAUAUUGCCAUGAAAUGGCUUUGAGGAUCCUUCUUGCCUGCAUUGAGAGCCAUGCAAAUCGCUACAAGCGUUACAUUGUUCCUGUAUUAUCUGUCCGAAUGGACUUCUAUGUUAGAGUUUUUGUUCGUGUAUACACUUCUGCAAGUGCAAUGAAAAAUACUCCUCUUAAGCUCUCUUAUGUUUAUCAAUGCAUUGGUUGUGAUUCUUUUCAUCUUCAGCCUAUUGGGAGGACCAUCUCCAAGAACAGCAGUGUAAGGUAUCUGCCUGGGUUUGGUCCCACUGUUCCUCAAGAGUGCAGUGACUGUGGGAAGAAAUUUAACAUGGGUGGACCAAUAUGGUCUGCUUCUAUUCAUGAUCAAGAAUGGGUAACUUCCAUAGUAGAAGGUGUAAAAUCUAUGAAGGACCAGUAUCCUGCUUAUGAUCACAUCUCUGCAGUAUUGACAACAAUAUCUGAGGAAUUGCCUGAUGUUCCUCUCUUUUUGAGUCUGCACAACCUCUGUGCAACACUAAAGUGCACUUCCCCACAGGCAGUAAUCUUCCGUUCUGCCGUGAUCAAUGCAGGAUAUCGUAUCUCUGGAACACAUGUGAAUCCAUUGGGUUUAAAAUCAGAUGCUCCCAUGGAUGUCAUUUGGGAUAUAAUGAGAUGCUGGGUCAAAAUCCAUCCUGUGAAAGCUCAAGCACCUGAUCAACCAGGAAGCGUGAUACUUGCAAAAGAACCAGUUCUUCAAGCAAAUUUUGCUCGUGCUGUUGCAUCUCUCAGCAAGGCACAAGCCAAGAAGGUUGCUCGGUUCCUUCCAAAUCCUGAAAGGCAUUGGGGGCCAAAACUUAGGGCAGGUCGUCAAAUUACGAGGAAACAUGUCUCGCUUUUGGGUCCAGAGGCUGUGAAUGGACAUCUUAACCAUGAAAACGGCGGAGAACCUGAAGCCAAGCGUCAAAAAACUGAGGAAAUGGAGGCUUCUAUGUCAAUUUCAUGAGAAUGGAGCUGUUUUAUAGUACUAAACCUGAACUGGUCCAUUGUCAGAAUAGAUUUUCUGCUGAGAGAAGGCCUCAUACACCCCCCAAGUAAUGAAAUUUAAUGAAAUUUCAAAAUGCCAUUGAAGUUGACAACUGUGGCAGAACUAGCAGCAAUCUUGCGCCAAUUUUGAGUUUGAUGAAAGAUGUUAUUUGUUUCAUGCUAUUAAUAUUUAUUGACUUGCUAUUUUGUUGUGACCAUUUGCCUUUUUUGUUACCCUUAUGAAAGAUCAAAGGAUAUUCAAGUUGAGGAAUGUUAUUAACAUUUUUUCGUACUUUCAUUUAACUAGAAACCUUUGUAUUAACGUUUUA